AUGGUCGAGGCGUCCCUGCUUGGAAAUCCAUGGAUGGUUUCAGCAGAAUCCCCCCAUAUGCAUUUGCCCCUUCUUCCUCCCGCCAUGUUUAAUGUGUCUGACUGCCCUGAUAACGGCACACGAGUGAUAGAACCUGUUAUCUGUAUCUAUAAUAACGAGUCUGUGCAUUAACAUACCGAUCCCUGCCCCCCAGUGACCCCGGUAAUAACCCUGAGGAUGGAUAAAGAGAAGCAGCUCCUGAUCUGUGAGGCUCAGAGGUUUUACCCCCCGGAGCUGAACAUUUCCUGGAGUUUCUCCAACAUGGAAAAUCAGACGCAGGACACUCUGGUGGAGAACGUGGACGGCACCUACACCAAGAGGUCCACGGUGGGGAUAGCAGAUAUAAUGCGGGAGCGAGAGGUGACCUGCAGCCUGCAGCACAUCUCACUGACCGCUCCGCUCAAUGACACCCUGUAUGUGUCCGACCCCUCUCCAGUCCGCUAUCAUUAUCUGUUCCUUCUCCUGCUCAUCCUCACGGUUUUGUUUGUGGUUUUCGUGUACCGGAGGCAUCGGAGCCGCAGAAAUGGAAGCAGUCCUGCGACACGUGAGACGCGUGCCAGGAAGAGGACGCGUGAGCAGCAGCCCGCGCAGGACGGAGAUGGCGACUCAGAUGUACAUUAUGCCUCCAUCUUCCACGGUGGAGGAGAAACACAGAGGCAGCUGCCCAGAAAGCGAGUCACAGAGGAAGAGAGCGUGGAAUACGCUGCUGUGAAAAUUGCGGCGGCCAUUACACCAGACGCUACGGCCUACGGACAGAACAUGGAGGAGCCAUUCCUGUCCUACGCCACGUUACGAAUAUCUCCCCCACAGACAGAUAUCACUGCCGUGGUGCACAGAGAACCCGGACACCAGCAUCCAGAGCAAACCUACGCACGGGUACAAUGCCGCUGAACGGGUUAUUACAGGGUGGAGA